AUGAAAGAUGACUAUCUACAUACCUUGAAACUCCAAAUACCAGAUAAGAAUGUUGGUUCAACUGCUGACAUAAUUGAACAACAGUUGCUUCAUGAUUUAGAUAAUAUGCUCCGUUCUGCUGUUCCAUCCAAAUCAAUGGGAGAUUUUGGCCUUCCCGUUCCUUCAUCUGAUGUCAUUGGUAUUUUACAAAAUCGUCUUCUACUCGAAGAAUUGAGGUACGAUAGGGAAGGGCUGAUGAAAGAGCACAAUGAGCUGGUGCCAAAAUUAAACAGUGACCAAAGAUCAGUCUAUAAUACAGUCGUCAGUUCCAUAGAAAACAAAAAACAAAUACUGAUGUUUGUUUAUGGACAUGGGGGUACCGGCAAGACAUUCCUAUGGACAACCAUUCUUUCCUAUUUUAGAUCCAUAGGAAAGAUUGUAUUGGCUGUUGCUGCUUCUGGAAUUGCGUCACUUUUGCUACCUUCUGGAACAACAGCACAUUCAAGAUUCAAGAUACCUAUCGACUUAACAGACAAAAAAUCAUGUGAUAUUAAAAAACGCUCCUUCCUUGGAGAACUUAUGCAACGUACAACACUCAUUAUUUGGGAUGAAGCACCAAUGAGUGACAGAAGGUGCUUUGAAUUUUUGGACCGCUCACUUAGAGAUGUGCUAGAUUGUGAUCAACAACCAUUUGGAGGGAUAUCGAUGCUUCUCGGUGGUGAUUUCCGCCAGACUCUUCCCGUUGUACCAAAAAGCACACGUUCGGAAAUCAUUGCACUAACUUUACCGAGUUCAUACCUAUGGCCAUAUUUCACGGUUCGGAUUUUACAUACAAACAUGAGACUACAAUCAUCUGACAUAACAACUCAAAAUUCAAUGUCCACAUCAGCUUUUGCAAGAUGGUUGCUAGCUAUUGGAGACGGAAUCAUAGGUAUACCAGACAAAGACGACCCACGUGAUUCAAGUUGGGUACAAAUUCCAUCCUCACUCCUAAUAUCUGCCACUCCAAACUCUCUACAGACGUUGAUAGAUUUUGUUUAUGGAGACGGUAUACUUAUCGACCCCACUGCUGCAGAUCUUUCAGUAAGAGCAAUAGUUUCUCCUACAAAUGAGACAGCCGACGAAAUAAACACCCACAUUUUAAAAAUCGUGAGAACAAGUGGUAGAACAUACAAUAGUACAGACAUCAUGGAACCAAAUGGAAAGCAUACAUCAGAUAUGGAAGGCUUAAAACGGAAACAACUCAUGACGAGCAUUUCUGACUUGAAGACUGAUGGUAUUGGAGGCCCGCUACAAGUUAGAAUACUGAGAAAAUGGAAACAUGAUGUCCGGCGAUACGAGACUUGGUAUCUUGCUGUCGAUAGAUUUGCAGAUGCUAUACAAAUUCUUGGACAGCGAACAAAUCAGAGUUACAUUGAGUCUGUCCUCCAUGUUUCACAGUGUUACACCAUAUCAGAUUAUAGUUGUCCUCAAUUAGAUAACUAUCAAAAAUUCCUUGAAAAUGAGUUCUACAUCGAUGUUGGCCUCAAGUCCAUCAUACAACCAAUUCCAGAGACAACAACAAUACCCAAAACCUGGUUUCGGUUCGUAUCAAAAUCACAUCUCAUAGACCUCGGAGAAAGACCACCAUACUAUCCAGAUUACAUUGGUGUCUUAUCAAAGAUCAGAGAGUGUACCAAAGCAAGCGGGGAAUCAUUUGUCUUGCUCAUACUAACGGAUGAAAGGUUAUAUGUGAUGAGCAAUAUGAUUCAAACUGAUACAUUGGAAGUGGUUGCUCGGUACUUCUUUGAAAUCAGACAAGUGUUCCAUCAAACAAAAUGA